CACAAAUCUGUCUUCUAGAGAUCACUUGGCUUUGCAGAGGGAAUGAAGAUCAGAAGAUGUGGAUGUUAAGUUUGUAAAGUCUAUAGGAGAUGGACUCAGAACAAGAGAUCACGAUGCAAACUCCAUUUUCCUGUAAUAUGGAAAAUGUUGAUGAACCUGCUAAUGCUGAACAACUUGAUUCUAAACAAUUGACAUAUUCUCGAAUACUACAUCAGACUACUCCAAAAAUACCAUCCUCAUCAUUAACACCCAAGAUGCGAGAUAAUAAAAGUUUGGCUGCAGUAAAAUUACAGAAAGUGUACAAAAGUUUUCGGAUCAGAAGGCAGCUUGCAGAUUGUGCUGUGCUUGCUGAACAAAAAUGGUGGCAGGUCCUAGACUUUGCCGAACUCAAGCACAGUUCUAUAUCAUUCUUUGAUAUAGAGAAGCCUGAAUCUGCUCUUUCGCGAUGGUCAAGAGCAAGAACAAGGGCUGCUAAAGUUGGUAAAGGCUCGUCUAAAGACUCAAAAUCUAGGAAACUUGCCCUACAACAUUGGCUCGAGGCUAUAGAUCCUCGACAUCGUUAUGGACAUAACCUACAAUUUUACUACGCAAGGUGGCUUCAUUGUGACAGUAAUCAACCAUUCUUCUAUUGGCUUGACAUUGGAGAUGGAAAAGAAGUUGACCUAAUCGACAGAUGCUCACGAUCACGACUUCAACAACAAUGCAUCAAGUACCUAGAUCCAGGAGAGAGGGAGGCUUAUGAAGUAAUAGUAGAGAACGGGAAGCUCAUAUACAAAGCAACUCGACAGGCUGUUGAUACGGUAGGAGUGCCUAAAGGUACUAAAUGGAUCUUCGUUUUAAGCACAACAAAAACCUUGUAUGUUGCCCAGAAAAUCAAAGGCAAAUUUCAGCAUUCAAGCUUUUUGGCUGGAGGAGCUACAUUAUCUGCUGGCAGAUUGAUUGUUGACAAUGGCAUUUUAGUGUCAGUUUGGCCUCACAGUGGUCACUACCUUCCUACAGAAGAAAACUUCCAGGCAUUUAUGUCGUUCCUCAAAGAGCAUAAUGUCGAUCUCACUUGUGUCAAGGUAAGUAGAAUUCCAAACCGAAUUCUAUCUGAACGACUCGUUUAAUGCCUCUAGCUAC